GGACAUGUUCAUCUUCGUGAUGGAGGACACCGCCUGGAUGCGGUACGUGGGCUUCCUUCGCGCCGUGCGGCUCUUCCGGCUCCUUCGGGUGCUCCGCAUAGCGAAGGUCAAGGCUCGUAUCGCAGUCCUCGCGCAGCUGCUGCACAUCCUUCAGACACAGAGAAUCACAGAUCGCGGGUUUUUAAUCCUCAACAUUGUGAAGAGCCUCAUGGUGAUAACAGUGAUCAAUCACUUCACAGCGUGCUGCUGGUAUGCCAUUGCCACCUUGAUGGAGGAUGACAACAACUGGGUCAACGUGCAUUUCAAGGAUCAGCAAAGACCUGACGACUUGCUGUACCUCUACACAACAGCCUACCAUUGGUCAAUCACGCAGCUGACCCCUGCGUCCAUGGAGAUUUAUCCGUAUUCCUCGCGCGAGCGGAUCUUUAACAUCGCGGUGAUCUUAUUUGGGCUCUGCGUCUUCUCCUCCUUCAUCAGCUCCAUGGCGCAGCAGCUCCACGCCCUGCAGCAGCUCAGUCGCGAGCACCGCCAUCGCAUGUCGAUUCUGCGCCGGUUCAUCUCCGAGCAUCACAUGUCGGUGGCAUUGGCAACCACCAUUGUGGAGUUUGUCAGGCAGAAGCGUGGGCCCCAACUGCAGAGGCCGUUGAAGAUUGACGACAUUGAUAUGUUCAGCAACUUCCCAACUGUCCUCAUUCACAAGAUCAGAAGCGAGACAUAUCAUUCUGCGAUUGGAAAGCAUAGCCUUUAUCAGUACAUCUACGAAGAAGAGCGAGACAUCUUCGGCAAAAUAUGCAACACGUGCAUUUGCGAGAAGAUUGUGGACAAGGGUCACGAAGUGUUUGCGGCUGGGGACGAAGGCUACGGCAUGUACUUCAUUUGCCACGGCAAGCUGGGAUACAUAUACGGCAUGGAUGAUGAUGUGUUCGACCCUACUGACUCUCAGGAGUGGAUGCGUAUGGCAGAUGGCGCAGAUGCUGGCCAUCGCCAAUGCUGCUUCCUGAUGACAGGUCGCGUCGUGUGUGAGGUGGCCAUGUGGCUUCUGUGGAAUCACCGGGGCCGCUUGUUCGGGGACAGCGUCGUCACGGACCUGCUGUUUGUGCAGGUGGAGCCUUUCCGCGAGGUCAUCACGAACAGCUCCAUGCUGAAGGACAUCCGGCUCUAUGCACGGCUUUAUGCCCUCCGCGCGCUUCGCACAGGAAAGGAGGGGCAAAUCCUGGAUGAUGUUUGGCACGAGGACGAGACCAUUGAGGAGAUCAGCCGUCUUGCCCUACAUGGAGGCCUCGAGGCAGCUGUGACCACCCUGGCAGCGAACCGAGCCACGCCAGCAAGAAUCCUCAAGGCUUGGAGGCAACAAGCACAAGCAGGUCGGCUGCGUCGCACGCUGUACCGCCCAGCGCGCCAGCGCCUGUGCGAGUGGUUGCGCUGCUGCUUCAACUCCGACCCCGGCGAAUCACGAGAAUUGGACUGAGGCACACUGAGGCGUGGCUUUUUUGCCUGUAGGCGUCGGAGACGCCGUGCCCCUGAAAGGGGCCAUUGGCAAGUCAGGAAGCCGCAGAGUGACACAAGCUUGCAGCUUGCAGGGAUUUGCGAGACACUGGAAUUGUUGUUUCGUUCCCAGUUUCCCAGCCCUUCAGCACGACACACGAGCCCCAUGCAGUGGGCGGCACGCCGUGCCUCCCAUUCAGGUUCACCAGG